AUGAAUUCGAUGUCAUCCGUUGGUUAUUGUUUUAAAAUUUGUCAAUCAGUUGAUGAAAAAAUAAAUCAAGAACGACGAUCUUCAAUCCCAAUUAAUUUACCUCCUAAUAAUACUGGUGCUUUAAUAUUUGGUCGUCGUUUUGAUUUUGGAAAUAUUUCAUUCAAUACGCCUCAAGAACAAAAUAAUCCAAUAUCUGGAUGA